UGAAGGCCGUGGGACACCAGAGUGCUGUGUGCUUAGGGAGCACAGACCUGCCAGUGGAAAGCUGAGGAGAAGCAACCAUGGACUGUGUGUAUCUUCACCUGCUAGCCUACUUCUCCACAGAACCCGCAGCCUGGAGCCCCAGCUCUUUUGACCAUCUUCUUCUAUGAGAAAGGAAAGUGAAUCAAGGCAAGCGCUUCCCUGGUGAAGGCCAGUUACCUGGAGCACUUGUGAAGCGGCCUGGCAGUGUGUACACAGUUACCUGCAUCCAUCAACUAUGUCCUUCAGUGCCACCAUUCUUUUCUCCCCUCCCAGUGGCAGUGAAGCCAGAUGCUGCUGCUGUGCUUGUAAGAGUGAGACUAGCCAGGGCAGCACGGGUUCUCAGGGCGGGAAUCCUCCUGCCAGUACCCCCAUCACAGUGACUGGACACGGACUGGCGGUCCAAAGCUCUGAACAACUCCUGCACAUUAUCUACCAGCGGGUGGACAAGGCAGUGGGUCUGGCUGAGGCCGCUCUGGGGCUUGCACGGGCCAACAAUGAGUUGUUAAAACAACUCCAGGAAGAAGUGGGUGAACUACGGCAGGGAAAAGUGUGCACCGCUGAUGAAGAUGGGGAGAGCCGUGCCCGCAGCCCACCACCCGAAGAGCCCGGAGUGCUCAAGGGGAGUCCCGGAGAAGCCUGCAAGACUCUGCCUGCCAUGGAGGAAGAGUGUGAUAGCGUGGGCAGUGGUGUGCAGGUGGUGAUCGAGGAGCUGCGGCAGCUAGGGGCUGCCUCCACCGUGGGGCAGGGACCCCUGGGUUUCUUCACAGCCCCCCAGAGAGAUGCGCGGCUUCCAGGAUGCACUCUGGCUGCGGUAGAGGGAGCCCCUCUGCUCAACCCAAUGGCGGACGACUAUGUGGCCUCUGAGGGUUCAAUACAACGAGUGUUGGUCCCCGCUUAUGCCAAACAACUAUCACCAGCCACACAACUGGCUAUCCAGAGAGCAUCCUCAGAGACAGGACCGGAAAGCGGAACCAAGCUGCCAGCAACUCGUCCUGAGGACAUGCUUGGAUCUGCAGCUCUGGACAGCGCCUUAGAAGAGUCGGGCACUGGAGGCACUGGGGAAUCGAGCCGCCCUCUUGGAUUUAUUGGCUCCCCAUGCAGGAUCCGAGGGACUGGGCAGAAAAAUUCCAGGCGUAAGCGGGAUCUGGUGCUCUCCAAACUGGUCCACAAUGUGCAUAACCACAUCACCAAUGACAAGAGAUUCAAUGGGUCUGAAAGCAUUAAGUCGUCUUGGAAUAUUUCUGUCGUGAAAUUCCUUCUGGAAAAGCUCAAGCAGGAGCUGACAGCUAGUCCCCACAAUUAUACUGAUAAGGAGCUGAAAGGAGCCUGUGUGGCCUACUUCCUUACCAAGAGGCGAGAGUACCGCAACUCUCUCAACCCUUUCAAAGGCCUAAAGGAGAAAGAGGAGAAGAAACUUCGAAGUCGCCGAUACCGGCUUUUCGCCAAUCGAUCCAGUAUCAUGAGGCACUUUGGGCCGGAGGACCAGCACCUGUGGAAGGAUGUGACAGAAGAACUGAUGUCCGAUGAGGAGGACAGUCUUAAUGAGCCCGGUGUGUGGGUGGCCCGCUCUCCCCGAUUCAGGGCCCAGCGCCUCACAGAGCUCUGCUAUCACCUGGAUGCUAACUCUAAGCAUGGCACCAAAGCCAACCGUGUAUACGGGCCUCCCUCAGACAGACUGCCUUCUGUGGAAGCCCAGCUCCUUCCUCCUGAGCUUUACAACCCCAAUUUCCAAGAAGAGGAAGGAGGAGGCAACGAGAAAGGACCUGUCUCUCCAUCCUAUGACCAGCCCCACAAGGCAUCCUGUCCUGACUUGAACUCGUUCAUUGAAAUCAAGGUGGAAAAGGACGAGUAUGCUCUAUAACAAGGAGAGCUGGCUCCUGCCACUCUCCACACCUAGAAAUGGAUGGCUCUGAAUAACGAGGCGCCCACUUCCUGCAGUCUGAAAAACAAAAGCUGCUUUUCUUAACAUAGUUUCCACUUGAAGUGGAGCUGGAGACUCUGGUGGGAUAAAACUUAUGUAGAAGGCAGGGGAGGUCUUUCUCCCCAUGAAUGGCAACCCAGAAGAUGCUUCUUACUAAGGAUAAACAGUGCCUCAGAAGAGCCUGGGAUGCAGAGGCGGAUGGGCCAAAGAAACAUGAGGCCUUGAUCCAUGUCCCAUCUCUGCUUGGUUUGCCCCACACACCCCACUGUACUCACAGCUCAGGAGAAACACUCCUGGGUUUGUGCUGCCCUGGAGGCUGAACAGAGCAGUCCAGGGUAAUACUGCCCCCUGGUGGGAAGUUUCAGUCAUGGGCUUUCUAGUCUGACCAGGGGAUCAUGGGGUACCGCUAUUUGGAAUUAGAGUCUAGAUAUGAUAGUUAUUCUUUGGAUUUUUUAAAUGAUAGUUAUUGUUUGUUAGAUUAUAUGAGAAAAUUUUAUUAUUUCCAUAUUACAUAUAAGGAAAUUAAAGCCUAAACAUUUCUCAUGUUGCUGGGCAUAGUGACUCAUGUUUAGAAUUCCAGCAUUUCAGAGCUGAAACCGGAGGACUCCCGUGG